AUGCCGCAUCAUCCCCUGCCUCACCUCGAAUGUGACUUUACGUCUUGUGACGGUCUUAACAGAAUGGAAGACCUAUCGCAGCAGAUUCGCACCCUACGGCUUGGACAAGCUCGUCCACCGAGAGUGAGACGAGCACUUGACCUCUCUGCAUUGGCAGCCAUGAUGGGCUUGGACACGGCCGAGACGCAAAUACUUGACGACGUGAUCUUCCUCUGCGUGGACUGCGAAGCCUACGAGCGGGCUCAACAUAAGGUCACAGAAGUUGGGGUUGCCGUCCUUGAUACCCGGCGUAUCGAACAGGAUGGCUCUGGCUCUGAUCCGACCACGAUUGCCUCUGCGAUGCAGCACGCACACUUUCGACCUGUUGAGUACUCGCAUCUGGUCAAUGGGAGAUUCGUAAAGGGCUGUCCGGACUCUUUCGGUUUCGGACGAAGCACUUGGAUAAGGCUUGCAGACGCACCACAACUGCUGGCUCGCAUCUUCUCCGACCCUUCUAAACUCUCCCAGGCGGCAGCAUUCGAUACGCCUUGGCCAGAAAAGCGCAACGUGGUGCUUGUCGGACACGGGCUUGCGAAUGAUGAGUCGUAUAUGCGGCGACUAGGUUUCGACAUGCACGAUAUCAGCAAUAUCAUCGGUUACGCGGACACGCAAAAGCUUGCAGGAGUGAACAUGAUCGCGUUGACGAAGAUUCUGACUGGCUUAGGCAUACAUGCCGUGAAUCUCCACAACGCUGGUAACGACGCAGCCUACACAUUGCAAGCCCUGACGAGGAUGGUGACUACGGAGCUUGGGCAGGUGGGAAGCGUCGAGAAGCGACUUCGUCAGAUUACAGCGAAGCCUCCGGAGGUACAUACAGAUUUGCCGCGAGCAGAGUAUGUCUGGGGCGGGACCUGCUCUCCUGGCGAUGAGAGACGUGACGGUCCAUCGCGUCCUCGAAAGGCGAAGCGCAAGAUGAAGAAGGCCACCACAGAGCGUAAAAAUCUUGCAACCUAG